CUAGUAGUAUACAACUCCAUUCUCAGUGCCAGUGCCAGUGCCAGUCAGGAAUUCAAGCAAGAAGAGCGUGUGUAGUGAGCUUCCUCUUAUCCUCUCUGCUAAUCUCAUUCUUCCUUUGUGAUGCAGCGGCGCUGAUCCCGAAGUGAACAUGAUCCUCUUGCUUCUUUCUACCUUCUCGUGUCUUACAGGAUUGAGAUAUGCGGAAGCGUUUUAUAACUGGGGCCUGAUCAUGGCACCGGGACCAGAGGUGGAGGACCUGCGGUUAGAGGCACCGAUGCCAGGGUAUGCAGUACUCAACGUGACAACCACUAAGUGCAUUCCCUCUGACAGUAACAAAGAUGUGCAUUUGGAUAUUUACACUUGUGAUGGAAGUAAACACAUAGUCCUCCGUAAGAAUAUUUGUGAGGCUGGCGGAGCUACGUUUUGUCUGCCGUCCAUAAUUAAGAGUUCGUGUGUGAGAGUGAAGGCUGGUAAUGUGUCCUCAGGGAACUUCACCCUUCCACCCUUCCAGCCCUUCGACCACAGUAAAGAUAUGAGUAUCCUUCCUUGGGACUACGACCAAGACACCAACAGCUCCAUCAUCAGGGUGGAGAGACAGCACGGAGUCUACAGGUACCUGAUGACACUCACACCUGAAAACGAACAGGUCAGCCCAGCGGGGGACGUCAAGACUAGCAACAAAGAGAAGGCAGAGUGUGGACCGCCUGUCACCCUUACUAAAGUUUUCCUCCUUGAAGCUGUCAACGACACCGAGACUACUUUUACUGCCAACUGGUCCUCUCUUAACACCUCCUGUGUGUACCGUGUUGAGGUGAGGCCAUUCAACGCAUGUGAAGAACCAGUGACUCUAGCAAUGGAGUUCCGGGAGCGGUUACGAUAUCCAGACAUUUCCACACAGACGGAUGUGGCUAAGGGAGGUCAGUUGUCAAUGACGGUGGUGUUGGUGGUGGUGGUGGUGGUGUGCAUCCUGGUGGCGGUGCUCUCUGCUCUACACUUAUACAAAACUCUGAAGCUCACUCGUCGUGCAUUGUUCAGCGUGUACCAGACUCUGAAGCAUAGUGAAGGGGACCAACAGAUUCGGGCCUGA